AUGGCCGAUCCUUUUAGCAUUGCGGUGGGAGUUGUUGGUAUCGUUGUUCCGGCUUUACACGCCCUUCGAGUGGAUCUCCAUUCUGCGGUCCUGGCCCUCGAGUCUCUCAAAGCCAUACCAGAGCCUGAGUGGCAUUCGCUCGGCUUGGCGUUGGCAGAGCAGUUGAAGGAUGCAGUGAAGACCUGCGGAUCGGCCUGUGACAACUUCCGGAACGAUUUGCAGCGAUGGACCCGUCGGUCGCGCGACGGAGACCUGUCAUGGCGAGACCGCGCUAAUGUCGGGUUCUUCAAGGAGAGGCAAAUCAGGGCCAUGUCGGAGCAUCUGCAGAGCUGCAAACUUGCUUGCUCCUCAGUAGCCGGGAUGGGAACACUGUAUUCCUCUCUGAGGACGGGUCAUAUGACGGAGGAGCUUAAGAAUACAAUUGCCACCAGUCGUACCGACUUGGAUGUUGUCGCAAGACGGAGCGAUGGCGAGAUCGCACAGGUCAGCCAGUCUCUCACGGAGCUGACCGUGACAGACACUAGCCUAGCAAGUGAUGACGAAGAGGAUGAUAGAAUCAGUGCGGAGGCACAAUUGUCGGAGCAAAAGGUCGCACUAGAAGUAUGCCAAGCCUUGUUUGCUCGGCUGCAGUCGAUGCUCCAGGAUGAAAAGAUUGAGAAGCUCGGUGCAAGAGCAGAGGGGACUACGAAUGUGUCUUUUGCAUCCAUCACAGGCGGGUUCGGUAUCGGGGUCAGCCACGCUCCUAUUAGUAAUGUGACCUUUGGUAGUCCUCAUACCAAUGGGUCAGCAUCCUCGUAA